AUGGCUCACCCACAAGUACAGCCUCCAGAGGUACCAACUGAAAUUCGCGAGUCGUGCCAGAGACUUCAGGAGAAUGCAAAGAAACUCAAAGCCCUACGGCGACUGGAGCCGAGGGCCAUAAACCUUCUUACCGCUGCCGUGAAGAUCAUAACUGUUGAGCAGUCAAUCCGUGCUUCCAAGAUAUACAACUCCUUUUUACACGAUAUUCUUCGGACAUGUGGGCAGUCUGGACCGGGGCUUGUUGUAUUAUGCGCCGUUAGCUUGGGAAAAAAUAGGGUGAUCUCCUUGAGCGAGGAGAAGAGAACGAUGCUCGUCAGCUGGGUUACCAACAAUCAGGCUUUCCUGUAUGAUUCAGCUCUCUCUUCUCUCGCGGCAGAGUACGGCGUGCCAGAUUCGAAAAAAUGUUGUGGCGAUUCCGCCGACCCUAUUGCCCUUCCGCUUACUGAAACAGCGAAACACCAUAGUGGCCGUAUAUUCUGCAUUUGGGUUGGUCUUGUAGCUGGUGAUACACUUGUUGCCGACAAGUAUGCUGACUGUGCCUUCGGCACUGUUAUUUCUUAUGACUAUAGCCGUCUCGUGGUCGAAGGGCCCUCUGACAAAGACUGGAUUAGAGGCAAGCCAUCCACUCACUUCCGCAUCAGGAUAUCCGGUCUAGUUUAA